UUUAUCUGAAUUCAAAGAUGCUCAUCAGUCAGAGGAUGAUGAUAAUAAAGUGCAUGAACAGGAGGUUAAGUUAACAGAAAUUCAAGAAAUGUCUCACAUGUAUUUCUCAUCUGAACGUGGGACACAUGAUGCCACAGACAAUUCUGAAAUAAUUUCUGGUGACCUGACAGACCAAACUGAAAUCAGAGACACAUACCAAUCUGAGUUGGUUGGGAAAAGAACUGAUGAUGCUCCUACCAAUCAGGACAUUUUGAAUCCUGAUGACAAACAGGAUGAACAUCCUACAAAACAAAGCCACUUUGAGGAUUCAGAGCAGAAAGAUGAGGAUUAUCAUGUUUCUGAUACCAAGGAACCACAGGUCAGUGACAUUGAAAGAGUAGACUCUGCACUGGGUCAGGUGUACGAGAUUGAAGGCAGAGUAGAGUAUGAUAUACAACCCAGUGCUGAACAAACAGGUCAUCAGGAGAAGGAAGGACUCUUAUCUGAAAUGGAGGAGAGUGAAUCCCAACCUCAGCAAAACAUCGGCUUCAACCCCAUUGGGAACAGAAGAAAACUGGGGUCUAGCCGCAGAAAUAAAGGAAGACAACAUGUCAAGGACUCUGCUGCUGAAUCAUACCACAAACCUACAGAGGAAGUUGUUGGAAAUACCAGGGAUAAUGAACCACUUGAAACAACAGAAAUGUCAUUAACAAAAGAGACAUCAGUGCAGGAACAAUCAAUGGAAACCAUGCUGGAGGGAAUGGACAUAUUUGUGACUGCUCCGAUUGAAGAUGUUGAGGAACAAAAUGAGAUUUUUAAUUUGUCUGAAGUCACAGAUGCUCAUCAGUCAGAGGAUGAUUUAAAUAAAGUGCAUGAACAGGAGGUUAAGUCAACAGAAAUUCAAGAAAUGACUCACAUGUAUUUCUCAUCUGAACGUGGGACACAUGAUGCCACAGACAAUUCUGAAAAUAUUUCUGGUGACCUGACUAUAACUACAAAAGAAAGCAACGUUGAAGAUUUAGAGCAGAAAGAUGAGGAUUAUCAUGUUUCUGAUACCAAGGAACCACAAAUCAGUGACAUUGAAAGAGUAGACUCUGCACUGGGUCAGGUGUACGAGAUUGAAGGCAGAGUAGAGUAUGAUAUACAACCCAGUGCUGAACAAACAGGUCAUCAGGAGAAGGAAGGACUCUUCUCUGAAAUGGAGGAGAGUGAAUCCCAACCUCAGCAAAACAUUGGCUUCAACCCCAUUGGGAACAGAAGAAAACUGGGGUCUAGCCGCAGAAAUAAAGGAAGACAACAUGUCAAGGACUCUGCUGCUGAAUCAUACCACAAACCUACAGAGGAAGUUGUUAGUAAUACCAGGGAUAAUGAACCACUUGAAACAACAGAAGGAUCAUUCACAAAAGAGACAUCAGUGCAGGAACAAUUAAUGGAAACCAUGCUGGAGGGAAUGGACAUAUUUGACACUGCUCCAACUGAAGAUGUUAGUGAUCAAGUUAAAGAAAAUGCACAUGUGGGCACAUGUGUUGGCAUUGACUUACAUUCAAGUUCAGCAGUAGAUCAACAGACUAUCAACCAAUCAAAUGUCAGGGAGAAUCCAGAUGAAGAACCUCCCAAUGUGUGUUCUGUAACAGAACAAGGAAACAAGGAAAGAGAUGAGGACACAGAGUUGUUCUGGCAGGAUGGAAAUUUACAGACCAACUAUUUGAUGAGUGAGUCUCAGAUGAAGUCAGAAGAUAAAGAGUCCUCUAUCAUGUUGGAGAUAAGCACAGAACAAGACAACCUCAGAGAGCAUACAGAAGCUGAAUGCAGCGUUGAACAAGCAAUAUUUCCAUCACCAGAAGAGGAGUUGCCCACAAUUGAGGAACAAAAUGAGAUUUUUAAUUUAUCUGAAGUCAAAGAUGCUCAUCAGUCAGAGGAUGAUGAAAAUGAAGUGCAUGAACAGGAGGUUAAGCCAAAACAAAUUCAAGAGAUGUAUCAAAUUGAUAAAUCUUCAACUAUGGAGAACAAAUCUUCUUUACAGACACUGCCAUCAGAAAUGAAUGUUCCUUUGGAUUCCCAACCUCCUGACACUUCUCAGAGUAUAAAAGAGACUCACACAGGCUACAACCCCACAGGGAACAGAAGGAAAUUCGGUUCAAGCCGAAGAAACAAAGGACCACUACACGUCAAGGAAAACACGGAAGCUUUAUCUUGUGACAAAGAAAGGAAUAUGCAACAGACAAAUGCUACAUCACAAACUGUGGGAGAGCUCACAGUAAAGGACCAUAAUUCAGGAGUGGAGAGUUCAAUGUAUCUACAAGUUUAUGGACAGGAUGAAGAUGGAGAACAAUCUGAAGAUCCUACAAAGAAAGACAACGAAUCCCAUGAAAUUAAUGUUUCACAAGAGAUAACACAUGCUGCUGCACACAACAAAACGGACACUUUGGCUCCAUUUGACAUUGGUCUCGAGGAAAACUUCAGAGCCGAGCCCGCUGUGGAUGUGUCUGAGGAAAGAUCCAAACAGAAGAGGAGAAAGAUGGGCUCUACUCGCCGGACUCAACUCAAUAGGAAACCGCAGGAAAAGACAGGUGAAACAAAAGACAGUGACUUUAACACAGAAGCUGACAUGCAAAAUCUUGACAAGAUGGAAGUAGUGGAGGAGUUACCAAUGAUUGUAACUGCAGAUGUAUCACAGAAUGAAAAUACAAAUUCAUCACAGAGUCCUGUGAAUAAAGAAAAACAGGAAACCAAUGAAACCAGCCCAGUUCACGACAAUACUGAUAACACUAAAAACACUGGUUUCACAGGGGGAAGCUGUGUGUCUUCGUGUGAGAACACACAGAGUAUGCAAGAGGAUGUGGAAAGGCCAGAGAGUGUAAACGUAAUACAGGACCAAGCUUUGAAAUCAGCAGAAGCGCCUGUUGUGGUAGAUUUGGAAAUUGUAAAGCCAGUAGUCAGAGGAGGAGCAGGAGAAGAGCAUAUGAGUGCUCAGGCUAGUAAACAACAGCUGGACGACACCAAUGAAGAAACUCACAAUAAAAAUCUUGACAUGAUGAAUGCAAGUCCAAACUUAGAUUCAACCAAGAGGAGAAGAAAGAUGGGCUCCACCCGCAGGAGUCUCGUAUCACGAACCAAACGGGAAGACUUGCAUCAAGAGCAGGAGGUGGAUGAUGACGCAACAGAGACUGCAACUAAUGUUGGAGAUGUAAAGACUGAAGGUUUCUCAGACAUCAUAGAAGAUGAGCUACAGCAUCACAGAGAACACAAAGACACUGGCGCUGAGCAAAGGAAAGAAAAAGCAUUUGAAACAGUGGAGUACUCCAACCCCCCGGCUCUCCAGACAUUUGAAGAACAUCCUGUUACUCUAGUAGAAAAAGAGCAUCGACUAACUCCCAAUCAUCUCCCCACAAUACCAUCCACGUCUCCCAAACACGAUUUAAUGUCAGAAAUGGCAUCUGGUAGGAGAAGAAGAAAAAUGGGAUCUAACCGGAGGUCACAUGGACACCAAACAUAUGAAAACCAAACUGCAAGUGGGGACAAAAUAACAGAUACACAAAAUGGGAAGGAUGCCAGAAGUAACACUGAUGAAAGUGCCAUGAAGACAACUGAAGAGCCGAGACAAAAAUCUUUGGGUCCGGACAAAAUAUCGCAGGUUGAUAAAAGUGAGAAGAACUCAUCAUCCAACAUCCGCACCUCAAAAGAAGGAGAGCACCCAAGGACUGUGAGAGAGAAGACAGUUCAACACCCUUAUGCUGAAAUCCGCCUGGGUCAUGAGAGUCAACAGAAGUUUUCUCUGGAAGGUAAUUCCACAGAAGCAGAUCUUAGAUCAAACGCUUACAAUGUGAUGAUGAUUGGAGACAGCAGUGUGGGAAAAACAUCCUUCAUGAAAAGAGCUCAAAGUGGGAAGUUUUCUUUAGAUUUACCCGCCUCUGUUGGACUUGAUUCCUGCAUGUGGACUGUGAUAGUGGAUGGAAAAACUGUGGUGAUACACCUGUGGGAUACAGCGGGUCAAGAAAGGUUUCACAGCAUCACAAGACAGAUUUUCCACAAAGCCCACGCUUUUGUCUUGAUGUAUGACAUCACUUCCUCUCAGAGUUUCUCUGCAGUCAGCUACUGGGCAAACUGCAUCCAGGAAGGGGCUGCAGAAAACGUGAACAUUUUACUUGUUGGCAAUAAGAGUGAUCGUGCAGAGCGGCAGGUUCAAACUCAGGAGGGGGAAAUUCUCGCUAAGGAAUACAACUUUGAAUUCAUGGAGUGUAGCGCUGCCACGGGUGAAAAUGUGGUUCAUUCUUUGGAAACUGUGGCCAGGAUGUUGAGUCAAAAAGUUGACACAAGAGAGGAGGCCAUGGUGUUACACAAAGAGCCCCCGCAGAAAAAAUCAUCAGGAUGUUGCUGAACAAGAUGUUUGUCUGGAGAGUGGAGAUCCUGCACAUAGUGAUCAUACUGUACUGACUGUUCAGAGAGUUUGUAUGUACAUCACAACUGAAACAUAUUUUGUUAUUUUAAUCAGUUUUAUUACAAAUUGUAUUCAUUUAUGCUAAAUGUAUACAAGUUCAGUUAAUUUUCCAAAGUUACUUUUAGUUGUUUUAUUAUUUCUUUCAAGCCUUACAAGUAUAUUAUUGAUUUAGAGGGAAAUUAAAUGGUAGAUAUUCCUGUAGUGACAGUAAAAUAUACUGGAAAUGUAGCGUUUUUAGUUGAGCUUAGACAUUUAGACAAGUUUUCUGAGUGUUUUAAUAUACUUGUAUGUAUAUACUGUACUGUAUAGCUGGUGACCACUUUCUUUAGAGGCAAUGAACAGUUGUAAGUGAUCAAGGAAACAGUUAUCACAUAAUUAAUAAUUACAUUUUUUUAUUAUUUUACUCUGUUUUAUCUUUUUGGUGGAUUUCCCUUUCUACAACUGCAAUUUUAAAUGAAUUGCUCUAUCAUAUCUAUACUUUAUAGAAAUUCUACUAUACUAUUAUUUGUAUGUAGUAUGUGUGCACCUUUACAUUUAGCUGAAGUUACAAAACAUGACAGCAAAUGCAUAUUAUCAAUGAUCAACUAAAAUUAUUUUCAUACAAUAAAUUUCUACUUUUUGCAGAAUAUUUCAGUAGUAGCUUGAGAAAAACGCAUUGUUUUUUGUAUUGUUGUAGCUGUUUAGUGUUAGUCGAUAAUUUCAUUAAGUGUAUUAUGAUGAUAUAUGUUUACCAUCUGUUCUAAAUAAAAGGUGUUGGCACACAGCUGCCAGAUAAUCAUACAUACAUUUCAUGCCUCUAUAAUUAAAGACAGCGGUAGUAAAAUAAGUGACAGACAGAGCGACAGACACACAAUUUGAAUACGUAAUAAAUACCUUUGUUCAAAUUGUUCUAAUGUCUUUCCUUAUGCUUAAUAAACCAGCAGAAUGACGACUGCAUGCUCA